ACAAGGUUCUAUGUCCCCUAAUCAAACUCUCUCCAACCAUCAAUAACCGUAUUUCCCUCUCAUUCUUCUCUCCAUAUUAUCUUUUUUGUUCCUUUUCCAUAGCUUCUUCUCUGAGAGACUCAAAACUCAGCCAGCAGCCGAAAAUGUCAAAGGCGGUGGUUUAUAUCCUAAUAGCCACCGCCGUGUUGCUCUACAAAUGCUUGUUCCCGUUGAGCCAAGAUGAACCAAAGGGUAGUCUUAAUCGCAGGUUUGGGUACAAGCUACUUGAACGAGCACCCAACUUUGACCCUCUUGUGGCAGAUAUUGAGAGAGAGGUUGAAAAGAAAACCACACAUUCGGAACCUGUUCCUCGUACGUCGACCACUUUGGACACUACCACGUCGCCGAAUGAUGUUUCAGGGACAUACCGAUAUCUUACAUCUGGCGGUAAAUUGAACACCACGUUAAGGUUGAUCAUCUUGUUCCCUUUGUUAGAUAGAGAACCCAAAGAUGGGGUGGUUGGUUUUGAAGAGUUAGAGGCAUGGAUUACUCAGCGAGCAUCAGAGAGAUUAGAUUAUCUCACGCAAGCAGAGCUUGAUUCCAAAGACAAGAAUGGGGAUUUAGCCAUUUCUUUUAAGGAGUAUUUACCUCAGUUUUCUGAAAAGCGUAUAGAGGAAAACAAAAUGCUGCAUGGCGAAGCAGGAUGGUGGAAAGAAAGAUUUGAAGUUGCAGACGUUGAUCACAAUGGGCUUCUGAACUUCACCGAACUUAGAGAUUUUUUGCAUCCAGAAGAUAGCGACAAUAAAGAAACGCUAAAGUGGAUGUUGAGAGAUAGGCUAAAGCGCAAGGACGAUGAAAAAGAUGGGAAAAUGAACUUUAAUGAAUUUGUAGAUCAUGUAUAUGAUACAUACGAAACAUAUAUGACCUUCGAAACUCAUGGAGGAUCGAUACCUUCUCCAGAAGAGGAAUUUUUCCAGCUUGAUGUAAACAAAGACAAGUUUUUGUCACCAGAAGAAUUGAUACCAAUACUUUCUUAUAUCUACCCUGGCGAGCUAGCUUAUGCUAAGUAUUUCACAUGCUUUUUUAUGAAUGAGGCUGAUGAUAAUGGAGAUAGAAAGUUGACACUAAAAGAGAUGCUUGAUCAUGAAUCUGUUUUUUACAGUACAGUUCAUGCAGAUGGCCACCAAGAAAGUGACGAUGAACAUGAUGAGCUUUGAUGUAUGAACCAAGUUACCAGAAAAGUUUUACGUAU